AGCUCCAAGCAGCGGCGGCGAGCAGUCGUCAGUCGGUCACGGCGUCCCGGUGAGCGACGUUUGUUUGUCAGUGUAUGUGAGUGUGUGUCACAGUCCGUGUGCGCGCGUGUCUGUGUGUGAGCGUUUAGUGGUGUGUGCGUGCGAGCGAUCGUUUCACCCGGCGGGGCACAGUGUGUGCCGAGUCUUAGCGUCGUACGGAAACUCGCCGCUUGACCGGAACGGCAAUAAGAGAGAUAAGAAUAAGGAAACCCGUCGGUGACACCGCACUGCCACAACCGUCAUAGUCAACGCAAAGUUUUUUUUUUUUCACUUCUUCUACUCAUUUUUUCUUCUUGUUCUUCAACCACCGCACGUUUCGACGAUCGCGUGGAACUCGUACACGCGCCCCGACGACCCUCAAUCCAGCGAGGGUCGUUUUAUUAAAUUCCGAAUCGUAUAAUAUAUGUUGACGCGAUUCCAUUAUAUCGUACACGACGACCCUUAAAUACGUACUUAAAAAAAAAAAAUCCCCCUUUUCGAAUCUCCGUCGUCUGCUAUAAUACAUCGUUACAGUUGCAAAUUGUUAUAGAUUUCGCUGUACGAUUGCUGCAGUGCUGCAGGCGGCAGGCAAGACUAUAAAUAUCGCAAAAAGACAGACGGAAAUAAACACUAAGAAAGAAAAAAUAAAAUAAAAUGAUCGUAAACUUUUCGGCGCUCGUUGAACGACGAAGAAGUUACUUCUUUGAAGGGCUCGGAAGUCUUAGAAAAGUCGCAGUGGCUAAACCACCGCCGACGUUGGCGUUGUCUUCCAUUCGGCAAUGCGUUUAAUCCGUUGUAAGAAAAUUAGUCGUUAGUCAGCAUGAUUUGGUCAAUGAAGUCUUCGGACAGCGGUGGAGAAGGUGGCGAAGAAGAUUCUGGCGGCGGGGGUGAAAGCACCAAGGCAGUCAAGUGGCGACGGCAUGGUCGUCAAGUUUCAACUACUUCAACAACUUUGGGCUGCGGAUGGAUGACCCAAACAAUGUUAUUCUUCUUCUUGAUCACCGGCACGGCAGCCGUGCUAUCAAACUCCACGUUCAAAGGCGAACAGCAAAGCGACAUAAACGCACGCAUAGGACAGUCGGCGUUUUUACCCUGCGAACUGGAACCCAACAACGUGACCACGGGAUUCGAGAUGACCACCCAGUGUGGAACAGUUCACUCCGUGAAAUGGUACCGAGGAGCGAGCAGGAUAUUCCUGUAUUCCGGUGGGCCUCGCACGACACAGCCGCACCGAGAAGGGUACACCGACAGGUAUGACAGAUCGUAUUGGAGUACGGAACCAAAUUCAACUUUGGGAUUUUUGGUAAUGGACAAUAUAACAGCACUCGACGAGGGUGUAUAUAAAUGUGAGAUCACGUAUACUAAAGUACACGAAGGUUGCAACAUCGUACAGUUUAUAAACCUAACAACUUACACUGACCCUGAAUCAAUCAGUGUUGGUACAUUUGCUGAACUCGGUGAUCUUUCAGCGCAUAACUACAUCGAUCCUUCAUCAGAUUUUUACGAUGACAAAAAUAGUGAUCCAAAAUUUGGUAUUAUGAAAAAAUUAACAUCUGGAGCAAUCGUGGGUCCAGUGGACGAAGGAAAUAAAAUACGUCUAGUAUGUCGUGCAGGCCGUGCCAGGCCUAUACCUCAAGUCACUUGGUGGCAACAUAGUCGUGGUCCAAUUUAUGAUACUGAUUUAGUUGAUUAUCAAUACCGCAAAGUGGAUUCCGAUAUGUCCGAUGACGUUUUCUCGUACUCAGGAUUAUGGGUUGCACAAAGCAUUCUUACCGUUAUCGGGAAGAGAGGGGCAAACGGUAGAUAUGAAUGUCGUGUGAAAACGGCGACUGAUUCGUCACCAAUUCUAACAUCCAAUGUCGAAGUAACUGUAAACGUAAGUCCAUACUCAGUUGAAAUGUCCACGUCAUCAUCAGGUGCCCCAGUAACUAAGGUUUCUAAAGUCGACGAUCGUUAUAAGCCUCAAAAUAGUGAACAUGAUAGAAAUUCCGGAGCAGUGGUUUACGCCGAAACUACAGAAGGCCAACCGUUAGUAAUUCGGUGCGCGGCCCGUGGAGCCCGUCCUCAAGCGAACGUGACAUGGUAUUAUUAUUAUAAGGAUCAAGAAAAUGACGACGACAAUGAUUACGGAAGUGGAAUAAGAAAUGAACAAAAUGUUCAUGCACCUCCCGUUCAAUCGUCGAAGCACGGUGCACCCGUUAUGUUAGGCAACAGUCAGCAAAACGGGGGUUCUACAGCUAGGUCUCCCAGCGAUUAUUUGAUUUCUGAACAGCGACGUAUGGAAGGUGGAGCAGAAAUUAUAGGCCCCGUAGAAAUAGCACAACAUACUGAAUAUCAAGCUGAUGGCACCCGUGAUACCCACAGCCAAUUAUCAAUGUCACAACUUCAUCGCCAACAAGACGGUUCUAUACUGCGGUGUGACGCAUUCAACAAUGUCGGUUCAUCGCCGAAUCAACCCCUCACUGUAAACAUGACAAUCCGAGUAAAAUAUGUACCAACUGCCUGGGUAGUGCCAAUUACUGACGGAGAAAAUUCUGGUGCAAUUGUAGAGGAUGAAAUAAAAAAUGAAAUAGGUCAACAGCGUAAGGGAGGAGUCGAUAGUAGCAAUAAUGCCAACCCAAUUGUAACUGACGCUUCUAAAGAUACAUACGAUGGCAUGCAUUAUCAAUCAAUUUUAUAUACUGUGGUGGUAAACGAAACUAAAGAAUUGAGGCUAAAUUGUGCAUAUCACGCCAAUCCAGAUAAACUCCGAACACCUGUCAAAUGGUAUCGAGAUGGCAUUGAGUUACAGCUAAUUGACGAAGAAGAACCUUCUUCAUCAAAUCACGGAUCAUCAGCAUCGUCUUAUGCAGCAGUAACACCUGCUACUGGUACUGGUACGCUAUCAGGAUCGUCAAACGGUGCUAAUACUAGAUUUAACACGAAUCCUAUGCCAAAAUAUGCGCGAGUUAAAGGAUUGGCAAAUGGAAAUGGAGGCAUUCAUGGAGAUGGCAAUGGUGAAGACGCAACGGUGUUAGUGGUUAGGAGAUUAACACGUUAUGACUCGGGCCGUUAUGAAUGCCGGGUAAGAAAUUCAGUCGGGCCAGCCAAUUCUACAAAUUUUGCAAACGUUCGUGUUCAGUAUACGCCUAAGGUAAAAUUGCACGUUAUCCUAGACGAUUCACUCGACGAAAAUCAAACUUCGACAACAGCGAGUAGCAGUAUCAACAAUAAUAUGGUUGGAUCAAAUCCAGUUGUAUUAGAAUCGGAACAUCGCAACGUUACACUUCGAUGUGCCGUACAAUUAGAACAGGAUCAGCAAAAUAUCGAAGACACCAACAACGACCCGUCUUUGAACUUAACAUCUGUUCAUUGGUAUUGGAAUGGCGUACAAAUGCAAUUGCCCAACUGCACUAGAUCACCGGAUAGUAGUGAUAUUUUUGUAGAUGAAGAUGACGGAGACAACGAAUUUGAUACUGAAAAUAAUGAGAAUGAAAAUAAUGCCAUGAAUUUGAACUAUGACACCAGUGAACCACAAAGAGAAGGAGAAUACGACACAUAUGCUGUUGAUAAUGACACAAGAAGACGCAAUAAAAAGCAAAGAAAAGUGGUGUGCACCGAUAGAGAACUUAUUUUAGUUAACGUGACAAAAAAUAUACACGGAAAUUAUUCAUGCCGAGCAAAAAACGCCGCUGGUCUCCUUACUCCGAUGUCUGAUCAGACACCUCUCAUCGUAUAUUUUGCUCCGGGACCGGUGACAUUAGAGUUCAGUCCACGACGAGUCAUAAAAGGAAGGAACGUUACCUUGCGAUGCAAUGCUCAAUUUCUUGGUCGGCCACAACAUCCUACUCGUUACUCAUGGUUUCGCGAUGGACAUCCAUUUUACCAUCAAAACCAAGGACUAAUAAAUCCUAACAUAAAUUCUGGAACUGGAAUUAAUCUUGGCACCAACGGAAAUACUGGCGGAGGGAAUUUCAACCCUGAUUGGUUCGUCGAUCAUGUCUCAUUGGAAACCCGCGCUAAUUUCACCUGUUCUGCUUACAACGAAGGUGGGGUCACAUAUUCCGAGCCUGUAUAUAUCGAGGUUUUUGCUCCGCCAAAUUACAUUACUGGACCUCCGCAAUACUUAGGAGUAGCUUAUAAUGCAACACAUGUGAAUGCAUCGUGCACAGUUGAAUGUUAUCCUCAUUGCUCCGUGAACUGGUUACGCCGUGGUGUCCUCAUCGAUCCAAUGAAUAACCCAAUGGACAAAGAAAGAUAUUCAAUACUGACGGAAUAUUUGCCCGCCGAACGGUUGAAAAACGAUUUCGAAGCGGUGCGUAGCACGUUGAUAUGGCGUAUGGACAACUGGCCAGGCGGUCGCGGUUUGGAUCCUAUAACAGACUCGACAGAAUACAGUUGUCGGAGCAGUGGUAAUGAAGUGGGACCGCCAGUGUCAGAAUCUAUAAUGAAUUUCUCUGUUGAAUAUCCUCCUGGAAACAUGACCGUCUCCAAAACGGUCGUGCACGUCAGUGAAGGUAACAUACCGGAAAAAGUGUUUUGCCACGCCGAAGGUCGCCCCCAGCCCACUUUCGAGUGGCGUUACAUUGCCAGCACGAACAACUGGAACGUGCCAGGAAACUCGUCUCAGUCGACCCAAUCGUCUUCCCAGCAAAGGCUGUCGUCGAUCACCAACGCUGGGAACAGUGGUGUCGGUGGAGGCUCUGGAAGCGGUGGUGGCCAAAUUAACAACCAACAGUUGGUUUUAAACUCAGCUGUGGGUAGACAACAAGCUGGUUAUUACGCCUGCGUAGCUCGCAACACACACGGAAACGAAACUGCGUACACUUAUCUGGACGUCAUGUAUAAGCCUAGCUGUCAACUUAGGAUGAUAACCGUUGACCAAUUUAAACAAGAGUCAUCAGCUAGUUUGACUGAUCAAUCUUCCGAAUUAGAGGAAUUUUUGUCUUCAUCUUCUGGUGAAAAGAGAAUACUGGUGUGUACUGCAACUGCAAAUCCAGGCCAAGUACAGUACACGUGGACCAUAAGAAACUCGGGUCGCCAGAACGAUACGUCAACAUCUUUGACAUCUGACUCUCCUGCAACUGAGAGGAUCAUCACUGUAUCAAUUGGAUCAUCGGGCAAUAGUGGAUCGAAUGAAGUGGAUAAUAUCGGAAGUUAUAACCGGAGCAUACUAAUAUUACAAGAUAGACUGGAAGUGACUAACAAUGAAGAUGAUGAAGGAAGAGGUAGCGACAAUAUACCUAACAAUGGAGCAUCAGAAGGCGUCAGGACAUAUGUGUGUACUGUAUACAACACUGUAGGAUCGGACCAGUGUAGCAUUCAAGUUCAAGCUGUCAGGGAAAGUGACGCUCCGUGGUGGAAACAGUUGUUGGCGACUAUAGGUUUGGGUGGGUUGCCAGUGAUGGUCGUUUUAGUGGCCUUGGUUGUGAUUUUGCUACUUAUUGUCAUCAUCGUCAUUGUUAUCCUGUUGCUGUUCGUUUGUAAGAACCGUUACAUUAAACCAGGCAACGGAGUGUCGGGAGGACGUCAGAAAUAUGUUAAGCAAAAAUACCCUUCACUGACGGCGUAUAGGGUACCAGUCGUUUGGCGCCGGCACCGAGGCCGUGGCUUGCUAUUAAACAUAUCGAAAGUGCGACAAAAUCCCGAAGGCAGUGCCACGUCGACGGUUUCCGGUGCCAACCCCGCGACCACACAGCAUUGCACAGAUCAGUCAGCGGCGAAUGUCCCGGGCAACCCUAAGCCCCCGCCCGGAUACGGUGACGAUCACUCAGAAUCGUUUUCCAGCCAGCGGACCGCAUCCGCCGCGAGCGUCGGCAAGUGGCCUCUCAAGCCGGGCGUGUUGGUGCAUUCGAAACAGCAGCUGCACAAGUUGCAGUCGGCUACUCACUCCCAAUCGGCGACGGGUGACACUGCGGACAGCGGGCCGGCUGACAAGCCCGUUUCCGACGAAAGCGACAAACACAAGUCGAAAAAAAACCACACCGGUAAAGGAAAACUGGCGGCCGAGUGCAUUAUGUUGGCCAAUGAGACUCAGUCGGCGCGCGCGGCUCGUAUACGUCGCAUGAUGAUCGGAUCUAAUAAUAAUUUGGUGCCAAAAAAACCAUCACCCACGUCACCUCCUCCCGCGCCUCCCGUCCGGCAGAGUUCGGAUAACGGCGCGUCCGGCGCGAACAGAUGUCCUUCUGUAACAGAUUCGCGAGGUGGAGCCGGUCAGCAGCAGGACAACGAUUCCAAUUUGGGGGCGACGGGUGACUCGAAAGCCGCGUUCUACGAGAACUUGCCGUUCCACGGAAUGCGGCCGCCGCCCAAUCAGUCACCCGCGCGCCAAUCACGUGUAAGCAACGGUAACGGUAACACUGUCGGACGCGCUAAUUGCAAGCCGCCGCUCCCGCUGCCGCCUGCAGACGCAUCGACGCCGCCACCGCCGUUGUCGUCGUUGAUCCACAGGUCGCCAAACGGCGGAUACGUGUCGCUGCUGCGCCAAGCCACCGCCCCAAAGUCGGGCGAGGUCGUCGGUCGUCCGGCGGCCGCCGUUCGGUUCAACUCUUUGCAGAGACCGAACCGCGGCGCGGCGACCGCGUGGCAGCGACGCGAUCGGCAAUUCCGAUCGAUGAGAACCGUGGGCACCGGCAGCAGCGAUAAGCAGCUCACUGAGUUACCGACCGGACGCUUGGCCGACGGCGGUGACCGCCAAGACAACAACGACGACGAUAACGGCGGUGUAGGCGAAGACGAGACGAAAGCGCCGGCGGCCGCGGACCGCAAGGACGGGCGAAAAGACGCGUUUUCCGCGUCGACGUUCCCCAAACCGGCGCCCAGGACACGCGUGCCGUCUGCCUCGGUGGCGCCGCCGUCGCUGGCCCGCCGAGAUACCUACGAGAACCUGCAGCAAUUGUUGAACGGUGACGGUAGCUUGGUCGGCAGCAAUAAGCUAACAGGAGUCGGGAUAGGAGCUCGAAGCUUGGACGAGUUUUACCGUAUGCAAAUACAGCAACAACAUCAACUGUUGUACCACCGGGUGACUGCGGACGACGCGGCUGAGGCAGCGCUCACCGCUGGAUACUCAACUGUCGGCGGCGGCGUCGUUCACCAUCGUCAGCAACAACAACAGCAGCACCAACAACAACAACAGUCUAUUGAAAUGACCCAAUUCGAGGUGACCGGCUCCAGUCGAGAAGACGCGUACCAAAAAUCUUUGAAACACCAACAGAAAAAUGCGAUUGGCCGGUACAACGACGACAACGACAACGACCGCGGUGACGGGGUUGGCGGCGACGCCGACAAGAUCAAAUCGAUUACCACCGGCGGGACAAUGGGAAGACGUCGCCGUGGGAGCCAGCAAGUCUUGGACAGCGUCGGUGGAGGUCCGUUGUCCGAUCAUUAUUACAGCGGCGGAAUCGGUGGCAGCAGUCAACACCUGCAACAAUACCACCACCAUCACCAGCAACAGCAACAGCAUGGCAACCGGAGGCGUAGCAACGCCGUAUCCAUCGGCGCCGACGGACCACCUGUACAGUCAGCCGCCACCAACAAUUACAACACCGUGGCCGCCAAUAGCAGUUACAACACCGUGUCAGGCGUUGGCUACUACGCCGCAGACGUAUACGCUAGCAUGGGCACGCGACAGCAACAGUCCAAACGGCAAUUGCAGCAGCAGCAGCAGCAACGGCCGUACUGCGGGGUCGGCACCGCGUCCGCUGGCAACGUUUCCGACGAACAGUCGCUGACAGCCAAGCGUUCUUGGCGCCGACAGCAGAAUCGCCGUCGCCGGGCUGGCGUUGGUGGGGGCGUGGUGGCCGUCGAGCCAGACGACGACGCGGAACAGCCGCAGCCCGUGGACGCGUCUGACUACGCGGCGGACGCCGAAGCAGACGACCCGCCAUCACCGACGCCGCCGCAGCCGCUUUCGGACAGAUAUCGAAACGUCACGGCGACCAACGAGUUGGAUCACCAUCACCGACCCCGGCAGAAAAACGACGUGCGCAACAACCCGCCGGGCGGUGGACCGACUGCGGCCGCAACGCCGGCGGCCGCGGUGCAGCAGCAAGCGAACGGCGGUGGUGCCAACAAAAACCUGGUUAAGUUCCACGAUGUGGGCCGCGAAAUCGACGUGUAGACGACACCAACGAUCAUCGUUAGGCUUAGGAUACUAUACCUACACGUAUCGCAUGUCAUAAUUAUUUAAUAUUAUAAUAAUAUUAUAGUGAUAUACAAUGAUAUCAUAUUGUUAGGCACGUUUUAUUUUAUAUUUUAUAUUGUUAUCUGUUUUUCGUCGGUUUAAUACCGUAUCUGCGGUGUACACGUCCACAAAUGCAGUAUAAAAAUAUUCUGUUGUCGUGCUGUACCUACCUAUGUUAUGUGAGAUUGUUGUGCGUGCAGCGACUCUCGUCCGGCCAACUCGCUGCCACCCGGCGGCGAAGCUGUCGGUGCGGAGAACCAUGGCAGCAAUGCAGCAUAUUAUUUACCUCUCUGUAUACCUACUUAUUUUACUAACAUUAUAAUAUUAUUUUACUAACUCGAGUCGUAACACUAUACAAUAAUACUCGUUAAUCGUGUGCAUUUGUAUCACAACCGUCGUCCCGCGCUCAAGUAUAUAGGUACGUACACUUAUGCCCCCUACCCCCCCCCCUGUGUGUGUUUGCGUCCGCUGAACGAUAACAAUAAUAAUAUUAAAUAACUCGGAGUGCGACCCACUCGCCUCCCGUGCCCACACUAACAUCCUCGGAAUAGAAGGCUGUGCACGUUCAGUGCAAGUCCGUAUAAAUUACGUAAUAUUAUAUUUAGGUAUUAUAUAGAUUUAUAUAUAAUAAUGAUGAUAUGCAUUAUAAUAACGUGUGUCGUGUAUCGUAUAUUUUUAGCCUUACAAACCGCCAGCGGCCAGUGGUUACGCGGAAGGUGGCGACAUGGAGUACGCUGACGUGGACUACCGUAAUAUGUAUUAUGGGCCGAUCAAUUACAAACAAUCGUCUUGAGACUCUCACCCCCUCUCGUCGCCGUCCUCGUCCUCUUUCGCUAAGUCCUCGAGCGCGCCUCCUCGUCGAUACGGUUUAUAAUGAUAAGAUAUUAUGACGUUUGUGUGAUAAUAAGACGCAUCGCCUCCGUUUUCGAUCACAGGACACCGCGGCGUACAGCGGACAUUAUUAUAUUAUAGUUCACGCAUACCUACACGCCUACGAUUUAUUAAUUAACGACAAUUUUUUUCCUCUGUCAAACCUUUUAAUUCGGUUCCAUUAACGCUCAUCCCGUUUUGUAACGUACUUUAAUUAUUGUUCUCACACAAACUAUCGAUUCAGGUUCAUAGCUGUCCUAAAGUUCAAAAUUAUUUAUACACUAUAACUCUCUCUCUGUCUCCCUCUCUCUCUCUUACACACACAUACACACACACAAAACACCCACCCACCCACACACACCCACACACACACCCUCACGCAGACACAAAGGCCAUAGGGUGAAAAUAAAAAAUAACAAACAUAUUUUAACUGAUCAUUAAUACAUAUUAUAUUAUUAUAUAAUAUUCGCACACACAUCCUGCAAAAUAUGCGUGAUGAUGAUCUUUUAACAUUCUAUAAACCAACCAACGAAUUUUAUCUACACAAUACGUUAACGUUCGACGAUGGCCUGUUCAAAAAAAUAAUUUUUUUUUUGUUAAUCCUCCGUUUAUAAGUAUACGUAAAAAUUACCUGCAACGUCUGAAAAUGUGUUGUCCCACGCACUCCUACGCGAAAUCCAACUGAAUUAUUAUAGUAGAACUAUUUUCCGAUUUUGUCUGUGACUUCUAUUGAAAAACUGUCAAAUUAUUACCAAACACACAUUGACAAUCUAUACACAAAAUAUUCUGAUACUGUAUAUAGGCGUACCUAUAAUACCUGUAAACGACAUAUUAAUAUUAUUAUUAUAUAUAUUUCGAAUUUCGAUCUACGAUCAUUAUAUUAUUACUAUACCUACUAAUUAUUAUGAUAUCUAUUGUCGUUGUAUUUCAUAUCUUUUUGUAUAAAAUAUUUUAACGUUACAUAUAUAAUAUUAUAUGAUCUAUCGCUUUUAUUUACAGUUGUGAUUAUAUUGUUCGUUUAUUAACAACGUAAAAAAUGUUACGUACGUGCCAUUUAUUAUUAUUAUUAUUAUUAUUAUUAUUAUUAUCGUCUUGUUGCUAUAAUUUUUAGUCAAUUGCCACCGUUGUAUGACUAAUGGCAUAAUAAGUAACGACGCGCAUGUUUCUUUCUUUACAUCUGAAAUAAAAAAAUAAUAAUAAGUUGGUUUGACAUUCAUAAAUCAUAAUCGUCGUCGUUCCUUGAAGUCUGCCGAGAAGCCAAAUGCCUCCCAUCUAAGUGUUUAAAUGUUUAUAUUUCAUUAAAAAUGUAUUAUUAUGAAUUAUAAUAGUGUUUCAGUAACAAAUUAUCGUAGAAAUAGUCUUAGUAUAAUAAUAAAUAAUAAUAAUAAUAAUAAAUACAAAUCGAUAUUGUAGAUGUAUGUUUUAACAGACGGUUUUUGAAUAGUUUGAUAAAUCGAAUACACGAAUAAUAAUCUAUAAAUUAAUUAUAAUCAUAAUAAAUAUGAUCAUGUUUUAUACACAUCACAUACGAAGACCGUCUGUCGUUAGUAGAAAUUAUAUUAUACUAUAUUAUUAUAUGAUAUUAUUAUGUAUCUGAACAAAUUAUAAUUGUCUUUGUGCACCCACGCGAGUGUGUGAAUAUAUUAUAUGUAUGUGUAAAUUGUAAAAUGUAUUAUGUGUUAAAUAGUAGAGACUGCUGGUUACCACCACCGUGGCGACGGUAUAUUAUUAUUAAUUUUGUUGACAAUCAAUUAAAACGCAUGUUAACUUAUUUUUUAUCGAAGUUUAUGCCCAUAUAAAUAUAUAUUAUAUAUAUAUACACACACACACACAUAUUAUAUUUUAUUUAUUUAUCCCUAAUAUACCCAUAUUAUAUUUCUAUCGUGUUGUUACAAUAUAAUGAUCGAUGCCUCUUAUAGGCGUUGGUAACGAUGAUUGAUCCCUUUUAUGGCUUCUAUAGACCAACCUAUAGGGUGUACCGUCUAUAUAAUAUAAUAUAGAGGUGCUGUACGUCCACCUGUCGUUAUCAUCUAUCUGUCUAUAUACCCCUUUAUAUUAUAAUUAUUAUGAUAUUAACUUCUAUUUACUACGUAUAGUAUCAAAAAAGUAUGAUAUAAUAUUAUAUAUUUUGUAUUAUCGUAAUUGAUAAAUUUUCCCUUCGGACUAACAAAAUAACCUAGUUUUAUUCGUUAAUUAUUGUUGUACUACUGUAUUUGUUUUUAUUAUUUAUGUGUCUAAGUUCACACCUGUAAUUUUACUAUCAUACAAUUAAAAUUACUAUUAUUAUCAUUAUUAUUAUUAUUAUUAUUAUUAUUAUUAUUAUUUAUUAUUAUUAUUAUUAUUAUUAUUUUGCAUUUUUACAUUAACACGCGGCAUUUACGAUUAAUAUAUGUUCUUAUUAUAUUCGUAUUGCGGUAAUUGAAGGGUGGUGGAACCUCCGCCGUUUGUAUUCUAGUCAUUAUUUACUAAAUAUAUAAUUAUUAUAUCCUGUGUACCCCCCAAAGGCAUUGACGCUUGCGACAAAACGACUUGAAGUGUUUUACAUUAUAUAUAGAUCAUAAUUGUAAUAAUUUUAAGUAGUUUAUCUAUACAUUUAAAACGUUUUGUUUAGUUUAGAAUUGUUAUCAUAAAAACAUUUUUUUUUUUUUAUAUAUAUAAUAUGUAUAAUGUAUAUAAUAAUAUUAUUGGUUAUGACGAUGAUAAUUGUUGUUUCGAUGAUAAUAAAAGUGUGAGAGAAAGAUAUAAUAA